AGGCAGCUCAGCUCACCUGUAGGCGCAGUGCCCUCACCUAGCCCAGGUGGCUGCCGAGAGCGAGCGAAGCAGAGAGGAGGAGGAGGAAGUGGGCGCACCAGCAGCAUGUCCGCCUCGGCAGUUUUUAUCCUUGACCUGAAAGGCAAGCCACUCAUCAGCCGCAACUACAAAGGAGAUGUGAGCAUGUCAGAGAUUGACUACUUCAUGCCGCUCUUGAUGCAGAAGGAGGAAGAAAGUGCCUUGACGCCACUCCUGUCCCGCGGAAAAGUGCAUUUCCUUUGGAUCAAGCACAGCAACAUUUACUUGGUGGCCUUAACCAUGAAGAAUGCCAAUGCCUCACUGGUGUAUUCCUUUCUCUAUAAAGUGGUAGAGGUCUUUUCUGAAUAUUUCAAAGAGCUGGAAGAAGAGAGCAUCCGCGACAAUUUUGUCAUUGUGUAUGAACUGCUGGAUGAGCUUAUGGAUUUUGGGUUUCCCCAGACAACAGAUAGUAAAAUUUUGCAGGAGUACAUCACUCAACAGGGCAACAAGCUCGACACAGGCAAAUCUCGUGUUCCACCCACCGUCACCAAUGCAGUCUCCUGGAGGUCGGAGGGCAUCAAAUAUAAGAAGAACGAAGUCUUCAUUGAUGUCAUUGAAUCUGUCAAUCUGCUGGUUAAUGCCAAUGGGAGUGUCCUGCUGAGUGAGAUUGUGGGCUCCAUCAAGCUGAAAGUCUUCCUCUCCGGCAUGCCAGAGCUGCGUUUGGGCCUCAACGACAGGGUGCUCUUUGAGAUCACAGGACGUGGAAAAAGUAAGUCUGUGGAGCUGGAGGACGUCAAGUUCCAUCAAUGCGUGCGGCUGUCACGUUUUGACAAUGACCGGACCAUCUCCUUUAUCCCACCUGAUGGAGAUUUUGAGCUCAUGUCCUAUCGGCUGAACACACAGGUGAAGCCCCUCAUCUGGAUAGAGUCUGUCAUUGAGAAGUUCUCUCACAGCCGAGUGGAGAUUAUGGUGAAGGCAAAGGGCCAAUUCAAGAAGCAAUCUGUGGCCAAUGGAGUAGAGAUAUUUGUCCCGGUCCCGAGUGAUGCCGACUCGCCCAAGUUCAAAACCAGCAUCGGCAGCGCAAAAUACCAGCCUGAGAAGAAUGUUGUCGUCUGGAGCAUCAAGUCGUUCCCGGGUGGCAAGGAGUACUUGAUGAGAGCCCACUUUGGGCUGCCCAGUGUUGAGAAUGAGGAGCUGGAGGGACGUCCGCCCAUCUCAGUCCGUUUUGAGAUCCCCUACUUCACAGUCUCUGGGAUACAGGUGCGGUACAUGAAGAUAAUUGAGAAGAGUGGGUACCAGGCUCUGCCGUGGGUCCGCUACAUCACCCAGAGUGGGGAUUACCAGCUCCGGACACAUUAGUGCAGAGCUGGACACCAUCAAGAAUGAAGAAGCCUGAAUGGUCUAGAAUCCUUUUACUCUGUUGGCACUCUCUGAAGCAAAUUGUGUGUGUGUGUGUGUGUGUGUGUGUGUGUAUCCCUCCUCCUCCUCUCAAAAUGCCACCCUGCGCCUUUGCCCAACCACAGCUCGAUUUGGCAAUAGUCCUUGGGCUGGUUUGCCCAAUCCCUGCAGGGGGAAAUGACGGCUCUGCGGUUGUUGCCCGAGAUGGCACCUGCAUUGCUUCCCUACCUGAGUGGCGGUGGACUUACCUCUGGCGAAACGCCGACCGGCUGUGCCUUGCCAAGGCUCCUGGAUGGAGAGACUCUUCCAGGUGCCUUGCCGUCUUUCAGAACCUCCCUCCUUUAGACGGUUCCACAGAACCAGUGGUGUUGCUUUCCUCCAAAGGUUUAGCUUGGCGUUCUCAUCAGGGGGAGAUGCGUUGGGCUUCACCCGCGGGCAGCAUUCACCUGAGUGUAGCAUUCAGCUCAGCCUGGAAGGUAAGCUGAGCUCCCCACAAACACCUUGUUGCUCUGCAGGUUUGCCUGGUGAAGAGAGAGGCAGGGAGAGUAUUGCCUGCCAUUGUGUAGAAGCUGGAGCUAGAAGCUUCAGGGCACAAACUCACUGGGCGGCUGCAAACAAGCCCCUUCCCCGCCCCCAAUUGUAUGAUGAGAAUAGUGGCUACCUCCUUUUUAAGAUUUGUGACCCAAAACUACUUCCCCUUUAGCCCACAAUGAGCUGUAAACAGAAGUUGAAAUGGAAUCGGGCCAUUUCGACUGGGUGACCAUGACGCUGUUGUGUGUCCUUAGUCCUCAUUUCCUUUGGUUUUUUUAUUCCACCUCCUUCCUCCAUUCUAAGCAUCCUCACUACAGCCAACAAGUGGAGCUGCUUGCAAUCAUACUGGCCAGUUCUUACAAUAGCCGGCCUUAUCGUUCUGGACACCUGACAGCGAAAAUAGCAAAUAUUAUUUGGAGAGGAAUGCUGAAGCUCAGGCCUGUUUGUGCUCUUCAUAGCUCCUUUUGCCUCUCAAUUAGUUUAUUUGAAAAACUCCACAUGCAAUUUCCCCUAAUUAAAUCUCUCUUCGGUUUCAUCUCUAAGGUCAGGAAAAGAGAAUGUCCAGCUGAUUAGCAAUUAAUCCACUUGAUAUUUAUUGAUACUAGUCUAUGCACAUUUAUAUUGGAGUGAGGCCCAUUUAAUGCAGUGACGUCACAUUUGAAUAACACAGAGAAUUAGGAUGCAAGCAUCUGAUAACUUGUCUAUCCAUCUUCCUUUGAUUUGCUCUUGUCUCAGUGAUGUGGUUGCUACGGAAAUAGUCUGAAGCGGGUGGCACUGUGGGUUAAACCACAGAGCCCAGGGCUUGCCGAUCAGAAGGUUGGCGGUUCGAAUCCCCGCGGCGGGGUGAGCUCCCGUUGCUCGGUCCCAGCUCCUGCCAACCUAGCAGUUCGAAAGCACGUCAAAGUGCAAGUAGAUAAAUAGGGACCGCUCCGGCAGGAAGGUAAACGGCGUUUCCAUGUGCUGCUGUGGUUCGCCAGAAGCAGCUUUGUCAUGCUGGCCACAUGACCUGGAAGCUGUACGCUGGCUCCCUCGGCCAAUAACGCGAGAUGAGCGCCGCAACCCCAGAGUCGGUCACGACUGGACCUAAUGGUCAGGGGUCCCUUUACCUUUACUGUUGAUUUGUAUAGGAACCUGAACCUGAAUUGGACCCUUUGAGAAAAGGGAAUUCUAGUCUCCCAACUUUCCCUCUUUAAGCCACUAAAAGCAAGCGGAUAAAAUAAAUGUGGUGAUACUGUGAAAAAAUACCUCAACGCAGUGCUUCCCCCCCCCCCCGGGGGG